AUGGAUGAGGACGAUGAAGAUUUUCUCGAGACAGGUGGAAUGAAGCUUACUUGGCCUGGAGAAUCCCUGACUUCGUCCCAAGAUUAUAUGCGCGGGCACGGAACCUACGUUGAUAAUGAAGAAGUGGUGGCCUCAGUCAGCGGACUCGUAGAACGCGUCAACAAACUAAUAACUGUCCGUGCGGUACGCACUAGAUAUAAUCCUGAAGUUGGAGACCUCGUUGUGGGGAGGAUUACCGAGGUCCAACCCCGUCGUUGGAAGGUAGAUGGAAACUCAAGGCAGGAUGCGGUUCUUAUGCUUUCGUCGGUCAACCUUCCUGGAGGAGUUCAGCGACGAAAACUCGAAAGUGACGAACUCCAGAUGCGGACAUUUUUCGAAGAGGGUGAUUUACUAGUAGCUGAAGUUCAGGCAUUCUUUGGUGACGGUACUAUGUCCUUGCACACUCGAUCAUUAAGUUAUGGGAAGCUUAGGAACGGCCAACUGGUGACUGUGCCACCAAUUCUCGUCCGACGUUUAAAAUCCCACUUCAUAUCUCUUCCGUGCGGAGUCGAUCUCAUAUUGGGUCUGAAUGGGUACAUUUGGGUCAGCAAGCAUGUUAAAGAAAACGAACGUGAAGGCGAGGAAGCGUUUGAUGCUGAGGCAGUUUAUUCAAACCGGAACGAUGAUAUUGACGACUCGACACGAAUGGCAAUCUCUCGAGUCACAAACCUCAUCAUCAUACUCGCAUCCCGCUCGAUUCCUCUUACCGACACGAUCUUGCUGGAUGCUUACGACUGGUCCCUUGAACAGGAAGGGGACGUCAAAGACUUGUUGCAAGAGGAUGCAAGCGAUGCGUUGGUAACCACAAUACUUGCAAAAGGUUGA